AAGGAGCAGCAGGAACAGCAGAGGGGGGCUGAGCCCCGGGGGGAGAAGGAGAAGGAGGAGGAAGGUGAGGAGGAGGAGGAGGAGGAGGAAGGAGAGGAUGAGGAAGAUGACCUGGCCUACAGCGAUGACCUGAGGGACCAGAGCUACCACCCCUCCCUGGGCAGUGUCCCGGAGCCGCCGCGCGGCAGAGCCGACCCGGGCCCCAGCCCCUGCCCCCCAGAGGAGAGGAGCGGCCGUGGGCAAUUUUUGGGUGCUGAACCCCCUCCCCCCUCUCCUGGCAGCUCCAGAUCCACCUCCCACGGGGCUGGAAGGGCAGGGACCCUCCUGGAGCCCCGAGCCCAGGGCAGCAAAUGGGAAGUGGAGAGAAAACUCUGCUUUGUGAGCAGAGCAGGAGCUUCCAGACCCUCAGGGGCCUCCCCCUCUCCUCCCUUCCCCAGCUGCGGACGGAGGAGCCGGAGCAGCGACGAGGAGGCGGCUCAGAUCGGCCCCAAAAGGAUCAGGAAGGCGGCGAAGCGCGAGAUCCUCCUCUGUGACUUCGAGGGCUGCGGCAAAAUCUUCUCCAACCGCCAGUACCUGAACCACCACCAGAAGUACCAGCACGUGCACCAGAAAACCUUCACCUGCUCCGAGCCCUCCUGUGGGAAAUCCUUCAACUUCAAGAAGCACCUCAAGGAGCACGAGAAGCUGCACAGCGACAAGCGGGAUUACAUCUGCGAGUUCUGCGCCCGCUCCUUCCGCACCAGCAGCAACCUCAUCAUCCACCGGCGCAUCCACACCGGGGAGAAGCCGCUCCAGUGCGAGAUCUGCGGCUUCACGUGCCGCCAGAAGGCGUCCCUGAACUGGCACAUGAGGAAACACGACGCUGCCGCCCUGUACCAGUUCCCGUGCGACGUGUGCGGGAAGAGGUUCGAGAAGAGGGACAACGUCACGGCCCACAAGAGCAAGAGCCACCCCGGGGGGCCCCCCCGGCCGCCCCCAGAGCCCCCCGAGGGGACCCCGCUGGGGUUUGGGGGCGUCGGGCAGGGCCCGGACACGCCCCGGGGGGGGUCGUAGGGGGGGGCUCCUCCCCCAUUUUGGGGUGAUGGAGGGGACAGGGGAGGGGGGGAUGGAACCCCCACCCCCCCGGCGGCUCCAGGUGCCAAAAACCCAGUGGGGAGAAUUCCCGGCUCUUCCGCCAAACCCUGGGCGCAGUCCCGGCCUUGCAGCCAAAUCCUGGUGAAAUCCCAACUCUUCCACCGAGCCCUGGGGCACAUCCCAGUUAUCCUGCCAAAUCCCAGUUAUCCUGCCAAAUCCCACUUUUCCUGUCAAAUCCCACUUUUCCUGCCAAAUCCCAGCCGCGCUGUCGCGGGCAGAGCCCGAGGGGGCUGAAAUCCCUGUGGGGAGCCUCAAUAAAGGGUAU